ACUACUUCACACUAGUGAGCAGAGCAGUGAGCUGAGCGCGAUGGCGAUGGCGAUGGCGACAAGGUUCUUGGUGGCGGCGGCGCUGUGCCUGGCGCUCGCCGUGCCGGCGGCGAUGGGGCAGGCGGCUGCGCCGGCGCCGAAGGCGGCGGCGGCCGGGCCGCCGAACGUGACGGCGAUCCUGGAGAAGGGCGGGUCGUACACGACGUUCAUCCGGCUGAUGAAGAGCACGCAGCAGGACACGCAGCUGAACAGCCAGCUGAACGGCACGGCCACCGGCUUCACCGUGUUCGCCCCCACCGACGGCGCCUUCAGCAACCUCAAGGCCGGCACGCUGAACGGCCUGUCCGCGCAGGACCAGGUGUCGCUGGUGCAGGCGCACAUCGUGCCCAAGUUCUACUCCAUGGACGCCUUCGACACGGCGAGCAACCCGGUGCGCACGCAGGCGUCCGGCGCCGACGGGCCGUACACGCUCAACAUCACCGCCACCAGCACCAAUCAGGUCAACGUCUCCACCGGCGUCGUCGACACCACCCUCGGCAACGCGCUGCGCGCCGACCAGCCGCUCGCCGUCUACUCCGUCGAGAAGGUGCUGCUGCCGUACGCGCUGUUCGGCCCCAAGCCCCCGCCGUCGCCGCCGCCGGCGCCCAGCGCCGACAAGAAGCCGUCCAAGGGGGACGCGAGCGCUUCCGCGGCGGCGCCUGCCGGCUCCGGCGGCAACUCCACCGGCGCCGCCCCGGCCGGCGCCAGGGCCGCCGGGUGGGGCCUGGCUGCCUUGGUGGUUUCUGCCGCUUCUCUCUUGUAAGAUUCAACGUGCAAGAUAAAUCGCAUCGUGCAACCGGCUAAGUGCAAGAUGCAUUUCAAGCGUAGUUCUUGCUGCAGCUUAAAAACUUUCUCCCGCCCUCCCUAAUUAAUCUUCUUUCUUUCUCCUCCCUCUUGUGAUCGAACAAUUUAUCCAGUGGUUUUGAAGAUUGGAUGGCCAUAUGCCAAUGUUGAUGAUGUUCUA